GCAACCGCAGCCCAACCGAGAGCCCAACACCACAACCCGCAACCGGCAGCAGCACCGCUCCCCAUCUCGAUCUCACCGCGAGGGUUUCCGUCUUCCUCGCCGCCGCAGAAGCAACCAAGAGGAGGAUGCCGAAGAACAAGGGGAAGGGAGGAAAGAACCGCAAGCGGGGCAAGAACGAGGCUGACGACGACAAGCGCGAGCUGGUGUUCAAGGAGGACGGACAGGAGUACGCGCAGGUGACCCGCAUGCUCGGCAACGGGCGGUGCGAGGCCAUCUGCGUCGACGGCACGCGCCGCCUCUGCCACAUCCGGGGCAAGAUGCACAAGAAGGUCUGGAUCGCGGCUGGGGAUAUCGUCCUCGUGGGCCUCCGCGACUACCAGGACGACAAGGCCGACGUCAUCCUCAAGUACAUGAACGACGAGGCCAGGCUGCUCAAGGCCUACGGGGAGCUCCCCGAGACGCUAAGGCUCAACGAGGGCGUCGACGUCGACGGGCCAGAGGGCGACGAGGGCGACAGUGACUACAUCCAGUUCGAGGACGAGGACAUCGACAAGAUCUAAACUUUUUUGCUUUUGCAGCAGUUACUUGUUAUGACUUAUGUUCUGUUCUGUUCUAGUAGUAUGGUGCUGUUGUAGGCUGGCUGUUAUGGAUUCGUACUUUUGCCAGCAUAAUCUUGUGAUGCGACGAGAUGUGGUUAGGAUUUGAGGUGGUUAAAUAAUCACGGAUUAAUUUCGUUGAAUCUAGUACAUGCUAUUACAACAA